UUCCCUCAGUUCUCAUGACGUCUCACACCACCACCACCAUCCUCCUCUCUUUUCAUCUUCCCCAAUUUUAUUAUUCUCCUUCCACCAAACCCUAACCCUAACUUUCUCUCUCAUCCUUUUUGCACACACUUCUUCUUCUUCGUCUUCCUUCCACCUUCGAUUCCCAUUUCUCAAUCUGCCUGUAAUUCGGAAACCCUAAUCCACGAUUUCCAGUAAUGGAUUCGAACGCGAACAAUCUCUACGAAACGGCAUCGCAACCCGACACAGGAAACGACGAUGCGUACACCUUCCUCGAAUUCAACACCCAAGCAGGUGGUGACGACGAUGAUGACGUCAACUUCGCUUACCCGCAAUUCAACGAGCUUUCGCAGCCGAUUCGCGCUUCUGCAUCGCCGUCGUCAUCUUCUUCCGCUUGGCCUACUCCUUCUGACUCCAUUGUGGCACCUGAAAUCAAGGAAUCGCAUCAACCUCCCGAAUCUCAUUCUUCUUCAUCUGGGGGGCCCACCAAGGGUCGCGGAGGCGGUGGCGGUGGGGGUCAAGGUGUGGCUUCUGUCGUGGACUCGUUGGCCGCUGGUAUGAGUGGGUUGAACUUUGAGGAGACAGCGGGCGAUGAGGAUGGGUUUGUUGAUCAGUUUGGCAAAGGGGUUGGGGAUUUUUCUGAGCAUGCUUGUAGGUAUUGUGGUGUUCAGAAUCCUGCUUGUGUUGUUCGGUGUAAUGUUCCUUCUUGCCGGAAAUGGUUCUGUAAUUCGAGGGGGAAUACUUCUGGUUCACACAUCGUCAAUCAUCUGGUUCGAGCCAAGCACAAGGAAGUUUGUCUGCAUAAAGAUAGUCCUCUGGGAGAAACAAUUCUUGAGUGUUACAAUUGUGGUUGCCGUAAUGUUUUUCUACUUGGAUUUAUUUCGGCCAAGACCGAAAGUGUAGUCGUUCUUCUGUGUCGGGAACCUUGUUUGAGCGUGAAUGCAUUGAAGGACAUGAAUUGGGAUUUGAGUCAAUGGUGUCCUCUUAUUGAUGAUCGUUGCUUCCUUCCAUGGCUUGUGAAGGUUCCAUCUGAACAAGAGCAACUAAGGGCCAGACAAAUCAGUGCACAGCAAAUAAACAAGAUAGAAGAGCUAUGGAAAUCAAACCCUGAUGCAUCUUUGGAGGAUCUUGAGAAACCUGGUGUAGAUGAUGAGCCUCAGCCUGUGGUUUUGAAAUAUGAAGAUGCUUUCCAGUAUCAAAAUGUAUUUGCCCCACUUAUCAAGCUUGAAGCUGAUUAUGAUAAAAUGAUGAAAGAAUCCCAAAGUAAGGACAAUCUCACAGUGCGGUGGGAUAUCGGUCUAAACAAGAAGCGCGUUGCAUAUUUUGUUUUUCCAAAGGAGGACAAUGAGUUGCGUCUGGUACCUGGUGAUGAGUUGCGGCUACGUUACUCAGGGGAUGCUGCUCAUCCUGCUUGGCAGUCUGUUGGUCAUGUGAUUAAGUUGACUGCACAGGAAGAGGUUGCACUUGAGCUUCGUGCAAGUCAGGGAGUCCCUGUCGACAUAACUCAUGGAUUUAGCGUUGAUUUUGUCUGGAAAAGUACAAGCUUUGAUCGGAUGCAGGGUGCUAUGAAAACCUUUGCAGUGGAUGAGACUAGUGUUAGUGGGUAUAUUUAUCACCAUUUGUUGGGACAUGAAGUCGAGAUGCAGGUGGUUCGAAAUACUUUGCCUCGUCGAUUUGGCGCUCCAGGUCUUCCAGAGUUGAAUGCAUCUCAGGUUUUUGCUGUAAAGAGCGUCCUUCAAAAGCCCAUAAGUUUAAUUCAAGGCCCCCCUGGCACUGGGAAAACGGUUACUUCUGCUGCUAUUGUGUAUCACAUGGCCAAACAAGGCCAAGGACAGGUGUUGGUCUGCGCACCAAGUAAUGUGGCUGUGGAUCAAUUGGCUGAAAAGAUAAGUGCUACUGGUCUAAAGGUUGUAAGACUCUGUGCAAAAUCCAGAGAGGCUGUCAGUUCUCCGGUUGAGCAUCUGACACUUCACUAUCAGGUUCGGCACCUUGACACAUCGGAGAAGAGUGAGCUUUACAAAUUACAACAAUUGAAGGAUGAACAAGGAGAAUUGUCUAGCAGUGAUGAGAAAAAGUACAAAGCGUUGAAACGAGCAACGGAGAGGGAGAUAGCCCAGAGUGCUGAUGUCAUCUGUUGCACUUGUGUUGGAGCUGGAGAUCCACGUCUUUCAAAUUUCAGAUUCCGUCAGGUACUCAUUGAUGAGUCUACACAAGCAACAGAACCUGAGUGUCUCAUACCACUGGUUCUUGGAGCAAAGCAGGUUGUUCUUGUUGGUGACCACUGCCAACUUGGUCCUGUAAUAAUGUGCAAGAAAGCUGCUCGAGCUGGACUAGCACAGUCUCUUUUUGAGCGCCUUGUGUUGCUUGGUGUGAAGCCCAUCAGGCUGCAGGUUCAAUAUCGUAUGCAUCCAGCGCUUUCAGAGUUUCCUUCCAAUAGCUUCUAUGAAGGUACACUCCAAAAUGGCGUGACCGUUAAUGAAAGACAAUCAACAGGAAUCGAUUUUCCAUGGCCGGUUCCGAAUCGCCCAAUGUUCUUCUAUGUCCAGAUGGGGCAAGAGGAGAUUAGUGCUAGUGGAACAUCGUAUCUCAACCGGACAGAGGCUGCAAACGUUGAGAAAAUAGUGACUUCAUUCUUGAGGAGUGGCGUGGUCCCUAGUCAGAUUGGGGUUAUAACACCCUAUGAAGGGCAAAGGGCCUACAUUGUGAACUAUAUGUCGAGGAAUGGAGCACUCAGGCAGCAACUUUACAAGGAAAUUGAGGUGGCAAGUGUUGAUUCAUUCCAGGGUAGAGAAAAAGAUUACAUAAUAUUGUCUUGUGUUAGGAGUAACGAACACCAGGGAAUCGGAUUUCUCAACGAUCCCCGUAGACUCAAUGUUGCUCUGACACGUGCUCGUUAUGGUAUUGUCAUCUUGGGGAAUCCUAAAGUUCUGAGCAAGCAGCCACUUUGGAAUGGCUUAUUGACUCAUUAUAAGGAGCAUGAGUGCUUGGUAGAGGGACCUCUCAGUAAUUUGAAGCAGAGUAUGGUUCAAUUUCAGAAACCCAAGAAGAUAUAUAAUGAUCGUAGACUUUUCUAUGGUGCGGCCGCCGGUGUUGUGCCUUCCGAUAAUGUUACACCAGGUUCAACGACCGGUGCAAGUGGUGAUAGAAGAGGUAGUCGUGGUAGAGGUUACAUGCCACCGGGAGCACCUAAUGGUACACACAAGCCAGCAGUGCAUCCUUCUGGAUUCCCCAUGACUCGAGUUCCUAUUCCUCCAUAUCAUGGCGCACCACCAUCUCAGCCAUAUGCCAUUCCAUCUCGAGGUGCUGUACAUGGCCCUGUAGGAGCAGUUCCUCAAGUCCCUCAGCCUGGAAACCGUGGUUUUGGUGCUGGCCGUGGCAGUUCUGCUCCUAUUGGCAGUCAUCUACCGCACCAACAAGGUUCACAGCAACCUGUUGGAAAUAUCGGGCCUAGUUUCAACUUUCCUCUGGAUAGCCCCAAUGGCCAACCAUCUGUUGGUGGUCCAUUAUCACAACCCGGUUUUGUUUCUAAUAUGCCUGUUCAAGGGCCUAGCCAAUCUUUCCGUGAUGGGUUUUCCAUGGGGGGUAUGUCACAGGACUUCUUGGGUGAUGAUUUUAAGUCUCAAGGAUCACAUGUUGCUUAUAACAUUCCGGAGUUCUCAACACAGGCUUCACAAAGUGGAUAUUCUGUUGAUUAUGCCACACAAGGAGCACAGUCUGGCUUUCCAGGAAGCUUCCUGAACCAGAAUUCUCAGGCUGGAUAUUCUCGCUUUGGUAGCGGGAGCGAUUUCAUGUCUCAGGAUUAUAUGGCACAUGGAUCCCAAGGUCUUUUCACCCAAGUUGGCUUCAGUGAUCCAUCUCAAGAUGAUACUUCACAGGGCCAUUUUGGAGUGGGAAACAUGAAUCCUCUUCAGUCACAGGGACUGAUGAAUCCUCUCUAUUCCCAGCCCUUUACACACUAUAAUUCACAGCCUUUGAACUUGCAAAACACACAGCACCAGCAACCCCAGCCUCAGUCUCAGCAGCAGGCUGCUCAACAGGGUCUGAGCUCGCAGAACCAGAAAGCAGCUCACUACAGUGGUUGAGAAUAUAUGGUAAGGUGUUGGCCAAAGAUGGGUUGGUUAGUCUUCAAUAUCAGCGACUUGGUUUGAGCCACCGCAAUAUUAUUAAAAAUGGAAACAACAGUUUUUGCCCGGGUGAGGUUUAUCUAUGAUUUUUGCCACUCUACCUCAAUACUAAGCUUAUUGAUGGGAUGAUGGAAGUGCGGUUGGCUAUGGAAACCCCUAAAAUGGAACAGGUGGCCCAAAAUAAAGGCUGAGAAGGAGAAGGAUGACCCCCCUUUAUCGGCUUUCUGAGGUAUGUAUUCUCUUGAGAAAAGGCUGAAAAUUUAGUCAAUUUUUUGUGGAAAAAGAGAUCAUUGCAUGAACAUGGUCUGGUCGGAAAGGGUUCGGGAAAGUGAUAGAGCAAAGCUUUUGAUGGGCGUACAGGAUAAAGCAAAGGCUCGAUUAAUUCAUAAUACAGAAAAAACAGCAAUGAAGUACAGGAUUUUGUACAGCAGUGCAUGGAAAGGAAUACCAUUUUACCAAACCCUUUCAGCUCUUCCUGAUGACAUGUAAUUAUACUCUACAACACACGUACAGUAACUAUAGUAGUGGUAUUAAUAGAGAUAUGAUGGCGAUUAUUUUGGUGUGUUUUGGGGUGAUAUAAUCGUCUAGAUUGAUUGAUACUAGUGUGUAAAAUUUGAAAUCUGAGAAAUUGGGUUAUCUCAAAUUUCGAGUGUUUAUUCAUGCUUA